AUGGCAUUGCCCAGCUUGCAGCACUAUGUGGACAGGUUGAUGUUUGAGGGCCAGUGUGCAGACUGUGCGUUGGUGAACGUCAGUACCCGCAGGGUGAUGGCGGCCACUCCAGGGGGAUCCCUGGAACAUCUGACCCGGCGUGAGAUUAGGAGGAUACUGGCCAGGAAGAGAGAGGCCAUCCAGACCCAGGGAGUGAGCCUGGGGGGGCUGCGCUGUGCCCUGGUGAGGGACAACAUGGUCACCCCAGGGGAAAGGUCAAUGGACCUGCGCACCAAGCACAGGCCCAGCCGGGGUGUGGCCGUGCGCCGGACACGCCAUCUCCUCCUGGUGCUCCUCGGCAACAGGGGGAUCAGCAGCGGAUUCCUCAAUCACAAGGCCUAUCAGAUGGCUGCAUGCCUUCGCAACGCAGGAUCAUCACAACUUGCUUGA